AUGACGGUGCUCAGCACCAUCGUGGGCGUGCUUCUCACGGCCACGGUGGCUCAAGGAGGGAUCUACCCGGACGACCACUGGGAGCACGCGACGGAGCUCACGGCGGACACCGCAGACGCGUGGGUGCAGGAGAAGGUGGACGCCGGCAAGACGGCCCCGGCCUGGAAUGAAGUCGCUGCCAAGUUCAAGGGCAAUCCUGAUGUCGCGUUCGGGGACGUGUGCCUCUCCAAGAACCAGGUCAGAAAGAUCCACGGGGUGGACCAGAGCCCCGGCGCAGGUGGCUGGCCCACCGUCCGCAUCUUCAACAAAGAGACGGGGUACGGGGGGAAGGCCUACGAGAAGAAGACGAGCCAGGCCAUGUGCGACGAGCUGGGCCCAAAGACGGAGUACAUGCAGCAGCUGGUGGAGGAGUACGCGACCCUCUGCAGCAUCGAGGACACCAGCAAGGGUUGCACCGACAAGCAGAAGGACUUCAUCGCCAAGUGGGCCGAGAAGCCCCUGGACGAGAUCAAGAAGCAGCACGACCGCCUCUCUAAAAUGGUGGGUGGCGACAUGAAGCCAGACGCGAAGCAGUGGGUCAAGCAGCGCAUCAACGUCUUCAAGCAAGUGGCCAAGAGCAAGCACAGCGAGGCGGGCCCACAGUGGCGGCGACUGGUCACACACUUGUGGCGCGGGUGGCCCCAGCCUUUAGUGAUGGAGGUCCCGAGAUGGCCGCUCUGGAGACCUUGGCUGAUCUCCGUAGAUGCCUUCGACUGGGGCAUCACGUCUCGCAGAGGCGCGGCGGUGCCAGCCGAGAGGGUCCAAGGAGGGAUCUACCCGGACGACCACUGGGAGCACGCGACGGAGCUCACGGCGGACACCGCAGACGCGUGGGUGCAGGAGAAGGUGGACGCCGGCAAGACGGCCCCGGCCUGGAAUGAAGUCGCUGCCAAGUUCAAGGGCAAUCCUGAUGUCGCGUUCGGGGACGUGUGCCUCUCCAAGAACCAGGUCAGAAAGAUCCACGGGGUGGACCAGAGCCCCGGCGCAGGUGGCUGGCCCACCGUCCGCAUCUUCAACAAAGAGACGGGGUACGGGGGGAAGGCCUACGAGAAGAAGACGAGCCAGGCCAUGUGCGACGAGCUGGGCCCAAAGACGGAGUACAUGCAGCAGCUGGUGGAGGAGUACGCGACCCUCUGCAGCAUCGAGGACACCAGCAAGGGUUGCACCGACAAGCAGAAGGACUUCAUCGCCAAGUGGGCCGAGAAGCCCCUGGACGAGAUCAAGAAGCAGCACGACCGCCUCUCUAAAAUGGUGGGUGGCGACAUGAAGCCAGACGCGAAGCAGUGGGUCAAGCAGCGCAUCAACGUCUUCAAGCAAGUGGCCAAGAGCAAGCACAGCGAGGAGCUCUAA